ACACCCUGGCAACCAUUGGAAACAUCAUGGCGAUCGGGUAUCGAAGGGUAGUGCGGUGGUGAGCGUUCGGACACGACCACCGAUUUUUGCCGAUUUGGCGUAGAAUUCCUCCAAAUUUUACCAUUUUAGGUAUAUUCUAGGACAGUUGAGUAGUUUAGACACCGCCUGGUGCAAGGAAGUCGCGACUUGUGGAGCAGUUUCGCGAUUUUUGGGGGUGAAUUCCGACACGGGACGUCCGGUCUUCGAAGCCUGUUGCACAUAUCCAAAAUGGACGCUACGAGACGACACUGAACGAUUUUUUUCUUGAUUUUUCCUCACGAUUUCUGACGAAAUGUCGAACCUGAACCUGUCCCUACUGAGCCGCGGGAUCGGCCAAGUCUCCAGCAACGGCCAGGAAAAAGUAGAUGUCUUUCUAGAACCAGAGGACUAUCUGAACAUUCCCUCCGAAGAAUCCCGAAGUCAGUUUUUCCUACCGCCGAUUGAAAGCCGUCAGCUUUCUCGUGGAACACAUCACACGAAGUCAAUCCGCGGAGCAACGACAGCGCACACCGAGCGUCUUUCCAGCCCUCUUACCGUACCACGGACAUUUAGCACCAGAAAAGGACCACUGUUACUGUACUCUGAAGACUUAGCGCACAAAACACACGAAGGAAAGGUGGAGAAGAGAAAAAGAAGGGCUCGGCAAUUGAGAAGACUUUCUGAGAUAGAGGAUUCCUUCCAGUUGAAAAAUAUCAGCGAUCUGAGCAAAGCAAUUCUACAGUAUGGGAAGGCGACUAAUUCCAAUGAAGAGUUGUAUCUCAAAUUCCUGCACCAUCGGCAGAAAGACCUGUGGGCGCGCAAAGUGCGGCCAGGGUUCUCUGCAAAACGAUACAUCUCCAACUGGUCCAGACUCUGGGAUGACAGUAUGCUCAACAAGUUAAAAUCAUCAGGGAGGGUAUCUGACAAGACAUUGUACAGAGAAAACCCCUUCGGACACAGCCUGUCCACCAAGCGGCGCUACGAGAACUUGUCAUACAUGCCUCCGCCGUACCGGCUCAACCGCAACAUGAUGCAGUCUCCCGGAAACUUCGGCAACUAUGAGUUCUACCGGGUCAAACCCGACAUGAUAGAUUCUGGCCGUGGGACCCCAGAUUCAGCGAUGGAAGUGGACCAGGAGUCCGUGGCAGGCCCUGUGUCCCCUCCCCACCACCCCAGUCCUUUUGGACAGAUCAAGACAGUACUACACGAGGAUGGACACAUUAAGGAACUCCCAUACAAUGAGCUCAGACUGGGGGAAAAACAUGAGGUUCUGACAGAGCUGCUAGCUACUGCAUACGCACACCAACUGUCCAGUCGUGAGGGAGGGGGGCAGGAAGACAUGUAUGAAGAGGUCAAGGACAAUGCAUCUACUACCACACAAGUAGACAUGAGGAGGGCCAUCGAGUCCCUUGUGACGUCCACCAAACCACCCAGCAGACCGGUCCCCACGUUCCCACACUACCACCGCCGCGCCAGCGUCCUGACGUUAGACAUCCCCGAAACGGAAAGUGCGGAGGGGAACCCUUCACAGGCCAAGUACUACACCGGGAUGUUGAAAGGAAGUGGGCUCACGUCAGAACCCACCAUGAGAAGAGCGUCCAUUGCAUCCACCCAGCCUGGUAGAGAGACCCACAUUAGUUACCCCAGCCUCUCCACACGAGAUCACAGCAGGGCCACUCCCUCAAGGCAGUACUCUGGGACCACUUUUGAAGGAACCCUCCCACCGGUACUACCACCCAUAGCCAGGGACAGGAUGGCCAAGCAAAGUGACACUGGGUACCAGACAGAUGUUUUGCAAGGGGAUGUAGCAGAAGUACAGAGUGAGAUCUCGAGUGUUCCCAACCUCCCUCCCAUCAAAGUGGGAAUAAAGAGGGGCAGUGUGGAUACCAGGUCUACAAGAGAGGUGUCAGACAAGGUGCCGGAGAAGCUUCCUACAAUCACAAUGGAACCGCCAACCCCCCUGCAUCACCUCGGAGGGGGUACCCCCCAGAAGAGCACCCCCCUGCAGGAGCGUCCUGAGAUUAGAGCCACCAUGGCAGCAACUGGAUUUGAGCCAUGGCAAAGCACCACAGAUGAGUCCUUAGAUGAUGAUGAACAUGGCUGGGUACAGAUGGACGAAGAGGAGAUCCUUCGGCGGGCAGAAGAGGAAGAGAAAAUGGCAGCUGCCUUGGAGAAACAGUCCAGCAAACAUUCCAGCAAACGCUCCAAAUCUUCAGCUCGCUCCUCUCUUGGUAGUAAGAUCGGAGAAGUAGUAGAGGAAGAGCCAGAUGAGGAAGAAGACAUGGAGGAUGAAGAUGAAGAAGAUGAAAUAGAUGUAGAUGAGGAAGAUGAUGAAGAAUACGAAGAGGAAGAUGAAGAAGAAGAAGAAGAGAUGGAAGAAAGAACUGAAGAACGAAUGUCAGUUGUCGUCACACCUAAGCCAAAACCAGUUCCUCAAGGAAAGGAGACUCCUGCAUCCAAAGCAUCUUCCUCUGGAAAGAAAGUAGAAAAAUUUGUCAUUGGAAAAGUUCCCACUCCCCAAAGGGAAAGAGUGGAGAAGAUUGAAGCCCCUCCCCCAACUGCUGAAGACACUGUAGUGCCUAAAAAGGAGGUGAAAAAGACACUUCCACCAAAGGGAGGUGGAGUUACACCAAGAGGGGCAGAACAGAAACCCGCAGCAGUGAAACCAAAACCACAGAAGCAGCCAUCACAAGCAAGCCUUGGAGAAAACUUGGCCAACUUGGCAGCAGAGUCAGUAGGAGAUGUUGGGAAGAAGAGAAGAGGGAGCCAGUCUGGCAGUGUGGCUGGUGUGAGCGUCUCUGGCAGUGAGAAGAGCAACAGGAGCCUGGUGGUGAAAAGUAUAGGCGACGGCAGUGUUGGGGGAGGAGAUGCAGGUAGUGUAAAGAGUAGCCAGGAGAGUCUGAGUGCGCCCCCCUCCCACGUUCACCAGUCCAUGAGGGGCAGUAAGAACAACAGUCGAGCUGCCAAGUUCAGUGGACGAUCAGACAAGAAGAAAGAUGUUGCCAGUGAGAGCAGUAGUCAGCACGGAAGUCAUCGGGGGAGUGUCAUUGUUGCACCAGGGGGGGAGGUGCUGAGUGUGGGAGGGUCCAUUAAAGCUGCUUCUGAGUCUGGGAGAUCACAACAGCCAGAGGACGAGAGAGAGGAUGAUCGUAUGUCUGAAGACUCUGGCCACAUGUCUGAAGGAGAAGAAGAACCAGCCGAGGUCCAGUCUGUGGCUUCUGGUCCCUCCUUAGGGUCUCAGAGAGCAUCUAAGAUCUACGGCUAUUCCAGAAGACAAGAAAUCGAUGUUACCAGUGGCGACUUUGAUGCCUCGGCCUUCCUCUCGGCCCGUAGCGUGAAGUCGGACGACUCGAAAUCGCAGAAGUCAGAGGAGGACAAGGACUCGCGCUCACAGAAGGGCUCAGUCAAGAGUUCCGUUAGUAACCCCAACCUGGCCAGUAAUGCUCCAAGUCUGGCUCCUAUAGAGGAUGAGGGGGAAGAAGAAGAUGAAGAGGAAGAAGAAGACUGGGCUGCGCUGGCUAAGGAAGCGAGCGACAGGGAGUCCCAGGGGUCACGUCGGACGUCACAGUCACUGGCCGCUUCCCAGAAGUCCCUGCGUGAGCACGCUGCCGCCAUCGCCGCCGCGGUCCUACAGAAGCAAGGCACGGGGAGAGACCUCGGCACAGACGCUCUGGUUGCUGCCAGACUGUGGCGAGAAGUUGACGACAUGGUGAGGUUAGAGGACCUCCCGCCGCGUGCACGGUCGGCCGACCCUCAGCCCAAACAGCGGGAGAAAGAGAUGGUUCACGACGGCGAAGGAAACGAGAUAGAAGUGGACGUGCUCGGGCCGCUUCCCGAAGCCGGCCAGCUGAGUCAGAAGAUGAGCCGAUCGGCCGGACCGCUGGUGGCAAUUGCUCGGGAGAUGAAAAAACAAGCAGCCCUGCUUGGUAUGGAAGGAGAAGACUUUGAAGUUGAUGCAGACACUCUACAGCAACUUAAGGAUGAGUCUCUGACACCUGAAGACAUUGAGAUUGUCCGAGACGAGGCGACAGGCAAAAACAUCAUCCGCUCCAGACGAUCAUCUAAAGCUAGUGAAUUGUCAAGUAAGCCCAGUCUUGCUGCUGCUUCUGCUGUUUCUGCUGCUCAGUCUGUUAAAACAGCAUCCCUGAAAGCUGCUAAACCAGCUGCUAAACCAAGUGAACCCCUAAAGCCAGAUGUCACAAACUAUGGCAAAGCCGAUGUACCAGAGAAAGAGGAAAAGCCCAUCAAGGAAAAGGAAGAAGUUGUGCCAAAAGCUCGAGCUCCACUUGCUCCCGUUGCCGAGACGAAAAAGGAACAACCAAAACCGACACCGAAAAGAGAAGAAGCACCCAAGAAAGUGGAGACACCCAAGAAGGCUGAGCAACCUAAGAAAGAAGAGCCGCCCAAGAAACCAGAGCCACCAAAGCCUGUUAAAGAAAAGAAGGAAAAAGUUGUUCCAAAGGAAGAGCCGGCUCCUAAGAAAGAAGAAGUGAAGGAGGAAAAACCAGCUGCAAAGGAGAAAGAAAGCCCAGCAAAAGCAGAGAAACAUCCAAAGGAAAAGGAAACUAAGAAGAAGAAGAAGAAGCCAAAAUCUCCGGUAGCAGUUGAAGAAGUUGCAAAAGAAGAACCUGAACCACCAAAGGAAGAAACACCAGAACCUCCGCCUGAGAAACCAGGCAAGUCAGGCAAGGGUUCAGCCAAGAGUGGGAAGAGUACAAAGAGUCAUUCUUCACUGGAGGACAGACCAACAUUUGUUAUUGGGCAACCCAAGACAGAAGUAAAAGCAGAAGAGCCUCUGCCUGUCCUUCCUAAGAAAGAAGCUGUACCCAAGGCUGCCAAAGCACCAGCUCCCAAGAAAGGAGGGAAGAAGAAAGGAAAGAAAGAAAAGAAGCCAGAAGAAGCCGCUCCAGAGGCAGAAGAAGAGGCCCCUGCAGCAGAGGAAGAGAUAGUCAGGUCACCGACCCCUGAACCAGAGGAGCCUGAGCCAGAACCUGAGCCUGAACCUGAACCUGAACCAGAAGAGGAGGAAGAAGAAACACCUUCAGAAUCUCCUACGAAAGCUUCCAUCCCGUCAGCCACACCAUCUCGUGCCUCCCCUGAGAAGACCACCCCUGCCCUGGUCCAGCCUCUGCCCUUCGGCACAGUCAACGCUCCUCCAUCCACCAAGAGUGAAGGAACCGAGAGUGCAGAAGGGGAUCACGCUGAAGAUAACGAGGCAGCUGAAGCAGCGAAAGUUGCAGCGCGGGAAAAACGGGCCCAGAGAGAGGCUGCCCGAGCGGCGGCCGCUCAGAAACGGAAGGAAGAAGUGGAGCGGAAACGGAAGGAGAGAGAAGAGCAGAAGAGAAGGGAACAGGAGGAGGUUGAACGGCAGGAACGAAUGAAGCAAGAACUGGAAGAUGAAAGGAAGAGGAGGGAUGAAGAGAUGAAGAAAAGAAAAGAGCAGAUGGAGGAGGAAAAGAAACGUCAGGCGGAUGAGGAGGAGAGGAGACGGCAGGCGGAGAUCGCGAAGCUGGAGAGAGAGCGCCGACAACAGGACGAGUAUCGGCGCAUGAUGGCCGAAAUGCAGCGUAAAAAGAAGGAAGAGGAACAACGCAAAGCUGAAAUUGCAGCAGAAAAGGCCAGGGAAGAAGAAGAGAGACGAAAAGAGGAAGAAGAAAAGAUGGCCCAGAUGGAGGAGGCAGAACGUCUCGAGUACGAGCGACAGAAGAGAGAAGAGGAGGAAAGAAGACGGAUUGAAGAAGAAGAGAGAAGACUUCGAGAGGAAGAAGAGGCAAGAAUACGAAUGGAGGAGGCUAGACUUCUUGCAGAAAGGAUGGCUAAGGAAAGGGCCAUCUUGGAGGAGAAGUUGAAGUUCCAGAGAGGACUAGCAUCAGAGUCUAGUAACUUGGAACAUGGACAGAACCUCAACCCAGCCUUUACUUUCUCUUACUAUGAACUUUUGCAACUCUUAGGACUACAGUUUCCAACUGAGGAAGGAGACAAGGAUGUUAAUGGAUAGAAACAAUUUCUCCUAGAUUUUUAUUCAUGGCUGCAGAAGAUUUUUAAUUAAUCUUCCCUUAGGCCACACCAAUUUAAUUUGUUGGUUCUCAGAUUUUUUCAGAGAAAAUAUGAAGCGACAGGGCAAAAAAACAAAAAUAAAAACAGACCAAGGCAUCCUAUAAUAGCCCCAAAUGGCAUGAAAGGAGCCAUGAAGUGAACAUACCAGGCAAGUUUGUAAUUCAAGCAUUAAAUUUCAAACCUUUAAUCAAACCACUGCAUUGAUAGAUGGAAAAACUGU